UCAGAAAAAAUUUACAGAAACGGUCUGGGACUAAAGAUUUGCAUAAAAUCUCGGAUUCAUUUUUUUUCGUGCCACAUUUAUAAAAUGCUCGAGCAGACGAACGAGCCUAAGACAAAAGAAGCUUCCUCUUUUCACUGAUACUCUGAUCCUCAAGUCCCAUCAAUGUUGCACGAGCACAUAAACGAUUCAGAGACUUUUCUCCUCAGAAUUUUGCACCUUAUCUGCUUCUAUCGCGUUUCGACUAACUUUUAUGAAAGUUAAUGAAAAAAUUAUCGGGCUCCGCGGCACUCAUUCCGCAUGAAACAUGCCUUCAUUCGACAUUUUGCCCUGAAAUGUUCAUUGCCCCGGCCUCGCCCGUGCAACUUCGGAUAUUUAAGGGGGUUUAACACCGCUGCGAUAAGUGCGGAUAAGCUGAGCUACUGGAAGAACUGGAUUUUUUUUUCCCCCUCGAUCGAGAGUAUCCCGGAAAAAAUGUAAACGAAUUGACGGAAAAUCUAUUGAAAGUUGAAGAAUUCGGAAAAUCUCAAAAAAAAUCUCAUUUUGGGACACUCAUCCCGAGUCGUAAUCGACCUCGCAGUCAUGAGAAAUUGCUAGGUUAUGGCUGAAGCUCUCGGAGCCCUGACGCGCUGGCCGGGGAAAUUUUCGAUUUCUUUCUUCCGUGUCACUGGACUGAUGCGAGCAGCCAGGGAAAUGGAAUAUCGUUCGUUUAUUCAAAAUUGAACUUUUGAAUAUUUGUAAAUUUUUAUCGUACCCUAAAAUCGAACGUGUGAUCAUCAGUUUCGCCUUUUCUAAUACGAAAAAAUAAUUUCUUUUGUUUCAAAGUAUAUAUUUACUGAAUUUCUUUGAAUUUCGAGCUUCACAAAUUCAAUAUUUAAAGUACGUUUAUUCAACGAAAAAAAAUCAUGACAUCUAGUCACUCUGAUCUUCCUUUGUUUUUUUCGAGCUUUCUAAAAGGUUUCUCUCAUCGAUGACUUUGUCAAUUAUGAAACUAAUCGUCAUUUCGUGUACGGAACUUUGUGAAAAUACAUGACCAAUGGUUUUUGCAAACAAUCUGAGAUGCCAGUACCACAGAAUUGGUAUUGCACUUCUCGUCUGGAUUCAGAAAAUUUCACAACUUAUGGCGACGAGGUACGAAAUCCAAUUGUCAGAAAUGAGGAAUAUCGCGUCGAGUUUGUCGUCGCAAGAAUGCUGGGAUUUUUUCAAUUUGCUUUCACAUCGUCGAGCAAUUGAAAAAAAAAGGCGGGAAUCAUCGUGCGCAAGUUUGCUGGCGACUUGGUUAUCGGAUCCGGCAAAAACCAAUUCCGCCAAUUCCAAAAGUUACGGGAACGUGGAUUUGAACCUCCGCAAGAUUGGCCGGAAAGAUCUGGCUCGUUGGGUCCUCAGUAAAAUGAGUUCGAACCGCAAACGCCGAGGAAUUUAUUCCAGUGAAAUUAAUCGUCGGAUCGAAGAAUCGGAUCGAAAUGGUGUUCGUAACGGGACUGGGGAAAAAAUGCUUCCCAUACACUCGUUGAGAGCCUCCACGGACAGCGAACGUGCGAUCGAGAACCAACAGGCUUCUCCGAUUUUUUGGAAAAUUUUCUUCAGCUCCAUCUUCAUUCUUCUAUUGAUCUUGAUUCUCGUUUGUUUCUACAAAUUCGUGUUCACGAAGCUACGUUGUGUCUGUCGAAGUUUUAAUAAGAGCGAAGACCGAGAAUACAUGUUACCGGAACAAACGUACGGCACAGCGACUUACGCGAAUUUGACAAGAAAAAGAUCGUGCGAGAAGAGGAACUGUCAACUUGUUAAAAAUAAUGGUAACGAAGAAGGCAGUAGCAACAGAAAAAAUGUUGAAUUGUCGGACAAAUUUUCUACGGCUGGGGAAGCCAAGGACGUAUUACUUGAGAGCACCAUCGAGAAAAAUCGAUCUUUGCUUCGGUCCAGCAAAUCGACGAAGAAUUGCGGACCGAGGGAAUUGCCUUCGGACUCGGAAAAAAUCCAGUUGGUCAAACCUCUGCUGGAGUCUCGUAACUCAACUGAAAAUUCAACGAAACUGUUAUCCUCAUUUUCUAAAUUUUGUGCGGAAAGGAAUAAUUCUUUGGUGAAAAGAAAAAGCGAUUUUCUCGACCGGAACGAACGCUUGGAUUCGCAAAAAAGUAUUGAAAAUACGCUGAGAAUGAGGAAAUUUAAACCGACGAAGAGAGAUGUCGAAGUAACGAAAAAAGUCAAAUCUGAAAAUGUUGCAUCAUUGUUGCCCCAAAAGAAGAAGACGAUGACGGAAAAACGGUGCACUAAUUCGAAUAACGCAGUGGAAAAAUUGACCGAAUCUAAAAGUCCACGUUGGAUCUCGUGUUCUUGCAACUCGCUAAGAAAGUCUCUGGGAAUGAAUUCUCCAACGUCAAAUCAUGAAAAAAGUAAUGAGAGUCCAGGGAGAGUGGGGAAUUCAGAAAAAACAUGCAUUUCACCAUGGUCCUCGUUGACUGAACUAUCGGAAACUUAUGACGAGUUAGGAAUGCUGUUUUCACAACAUUUGAAACAACAAUUCAAACCUUGCAAACGAAAAUAUUGUACGCUCAAGAGAAAUCUCAAGAAAAAUCAAGUGUUUAGUCACGAUAUAACGAAGUGUCGUAAUCGAAGGAAGAAUAUAUUUGGUAGGAAAGUAAUAAUCAGCUGGGAUCGGAGACCGGCGUGCAUGAGCGGAAAGAUUUGCAGACAAACUUACGACGAGUACGAGAUCAUGAGAGCAACGCGACAAGAAAGAGAUAUUUUGGCACGUGCCAUAAUCAACAGAAGGAAAUCAUUUUUAGAUCAACCCUGUUUGUCACCUGUUCCCUGAUGAAAUGUUCAUAUUAUUUCCUUAACGAUGGAAUCGAAUUAUGUAAGGAAAAGCCAUCGAUUGGAUCGGCGAACCUAAAUAAAGUGCAAUUCACUCGUUUUUUUCAACCCUCAUCUUUCAAUCUUUAUUCAGUUAUAAUUCAAGGACGCUCGCUCGACUUCUUGACUUCCUUAACCUGGAGACCUGUGAAAACAAAAACAACAAAUUCUUUCUUAACUAAGUCACUUGAACAAGUAUAUUAACUAUUUAUAAUUUCGAAUAAUCCUUUAACUUAUUCUUGUUUAUACUGAGCGAAAGAUCUUCAACAGUGACAGUAAUCUGUCAUCGAUAAUAUAAUAAUCAUAGAUGGCAAGAUGCAAAUCAAAUUUUGUACCGAUCUCAAUGUUUUGAAUAAAAAUAGACAAUUCAUUCAUAA